AACCAACCCAACCCGAUUCCAGACAACAACAUGAAUUUAGCCUUUUGUCGCACCGUUCAACAGCAAAAAAAGGGCUGCUGCAAGCUUCUGACCCUCAACAAGUACAGUGUGCAACAGUGGCUGAAGAGCUUCGACGCGAUCAUCUAUGACGCAGAUGGUGUGCUGUGGCGCACCGACAAGGAACUGGAGGGUGCAUCGGCCACAUUUAAUGCGCUGCGAGCUAUGGGGAAACGUGCAUAUAUCUGCACCAAUAACUCAACUAAAUCCCAUCUGGGCAUUUGUAAGAAGGCCCAGGAUAUGGGAAUAUUGAUUGAGGAGCAUGAGGUGUUGACUUCUGCUCAGGCGUUGGCUCGCUUUUUGGCUGAGAAAAAGUUCAAGAAGAAGGUGUAUAUCAUGGGUGAGGAGGGUAUCGGUGCCGAGUUGCGUGCCGUCGGCAUAGAACACUUGCCCAUUGGCAAGGAAGUCAUGUUUGGACCCGAUAUGUAUGAAUAUGCGAAGGCGAUGCCGUUAGAUAAAGAUGUGGGCGCUAUAGCUGUUGGCGAGGAUAGGGAUUUUAGUGUGCCCAAAUUAACAAAAGUCGCCUGUUACCUAACCGAUCCGAGUGUCAUGUUUUUGGCUACCAAUCGUGAUAUAGCAUUUCCAGUGGCCAAGGGGCGUUACGUGCCAGGCGCGGGUGUCCUAGUCGCCACCGUAAAGGCCAUCACAAAACGUGCACCCAUGACCUGCGGCAAACCAAAUCCCUAUAUGUGCAAUCAGUUGUUGCGAGAGGGCAACAUAAAGCCGGAACGCACCCUAAUGGUCGGUGAUACCGUUUAUACAGACAUACAGUUUGGUUACAAUUGCGGCUUUCAAACCCUCCUUGUGGGCUCUGGUGUCAGCACCCUAGAUGAUGUGAAAAAGCUGCAGAGCUCAAAGCAACCACGUGCCUAUCAGCAAGUGCCCGAUCUUUAUGUGCCUAAGCUCUCAGAUCUGCUCAAAUUUUUACCUUCACGCAAUGGUUGAUUUGAGUAAAUACAUUUUCAUUGAUUCAAUAAAUCUGAAAAUUGUAGAUUUGAACUGAAAGUGAAAAAAAUCCAAAAGCAAUCAAUCUAA